AUGGCGACACCGCAGGAGAAGGCUAUCGCCCUCAAGAACCUAGGUAACAAGGCCUUCGCUGUUCAUGAUUGGCCUGGCGCUAUAGAUUACUACACCCAGGCUAUCGAGCUGAACGGCCAAGAGCCGACUUUCUACGCAAACAGAGCCCAGGCGCAACUCAAGACAGAGGCCUACGGAUAUGCGAUUGCGGAUGCGACCAAGGCAAUCGAGCUGAACCCGAGCUUCGUCAAGGCAUACUACCGCCGUGCCACCGCCUAUGCCGCCAUCCUCAAGCCCAAGGACGCUGUCAAGGACUUCAAGACCUGCGUCAAGAUCGACCCCGGGAACAAGGAUGCGAAGCUGAAGCUGGCAGAUUGCCAAAAGAUCCUCCGCCAGCAGGAGUUCUUUGCCGCUAUCGAGGUUGGAGACGAGCCCUCGGCCGCAGAGGGCCUGGACGUGGACUCAAUUGCGGUGGAGCCUGACUAUGACGGCGUGCGCCUUGAGAAGGAGAUGACGCAGGAGUUCAUAGACGACAUGACGGAGAGGUUCAAGAACGGCAAGAAGAUCCACAGGAAAUAUGUCUACCAGAUUGUCAUUGCAGUCAAGAACAUCGUCUACGACGAGCCCACCAUGGUGGAGAUGGAGAUUCCGGAGGGCACGCAACUCACAGUUUGCGGAGACACUCACGUCGCAGGUCAAUACUUUGAUUUGAUGGAGCUAUUCAGGUUGAACGGCACGCCCUCUGACAAGCACUGGUAUCUCUUCAACGGCGACUUUGUGGACCGGGGCUCGUGGUCUACUGAGAUCGCUUUGCUGCUGUAUGCCAACAAGUGGCUCCGGCCCAAGCAAUUCUUCCUGAACCGUGGAAACCACGAGACGGACGACAUGAACCGCGCCUAUGGUUUCGAGGGAGAGUGCAAGGCUAAAUACAGCGAGCGUGUGUUCAAGCUGUUCUCUGAAAGUUUCUCAGCUCUGCCGCUCGCUACUCUGAUCGGCGGAAAGUACUUUGUGCUCCACGGCGGUCUCUUCUCCGACGACAACGUGACGCUGGACGACAUUCGCAAGAUCGACCGUCACAAGCAGCGCCAGCCGGGUCAGGAGGGCCUCAUGAUGGAGAUGCUGUGGACGGAUCCUCAAAAAGAGCCUGGGCGAGGCCCCAGCAAGCGCGGUGUCGGCAUGCAAUUUGGACCCGACGUCACCAAGAAGUUCUGCGACAAGAACGGUCUCGAGGCCAUUAUUCGGAGUCACGAGGUCCGCAUGGACGGAUACGAGGAGGAGCACGACGGGAAGUGCAUCACAGUUUUCUCCGCUCCCAAGUAUUGCGACAUGACGGAAAACAGGGGCGCGUAUAUCAACAUCGGCCCCGAUUACAAGCUGCACUUCAAGCAGUUUGACGCCGUGCCCCAUCCCAACAUCAGGCCGAUGGCUUAUGCACAUAGCUCUCUCAUGUCUUCGCUUAUGUGA